CGAACCGGAGGAAAGAUGAUGAGUUUUCUGCCAUACUUCUCCGCUGAGACGUGGACCCUCCUGGCACUCCUCAUCACCCUCAUUGUAGUGUAUGGGUACUGGCCCUAUGGUGUGUUCACUAAGAUGGGUGUCCCUGGUCCCAAACCCCUACCUUACUUUGGCACAAUGAUGGAGUAUAGAAAGGGCAUCACUAACUUUGACACAGAGUGCUUUCAGAAGUAUGGGAGAAUCUGGGGGAUCUAUGAUGGGAGGCAGCCUGUUCUGUGUAUCAUGGACAAAAGCAUGAUCAAGACCGUCCUGAUUAAAGAGUGUUACAACAUCUUCACCAACCGCAGAAACAUCAUUCUGAGUGGCGAGCUGUUUGAUGCGGUGUCCCUUGCCGAGGACGAUACAUGGAGACGGAUCCGCAGUGUCCUCUCACCUUCCUUUACCUCUGGACGACUAAAAGAGAUGUUUGGUAUCAUGAAGCAGCACUCUGCUAACCUGUUGAAUGGAAUGAAGAAGCAGGCAGAUAAAGACCAGCCCAUCGAAGUGAAGGAGUUCUUUGGGCCCUACAGUAUGGAUGUGGUCACCAGCACAGCCUUCAGUGUGGACAUGGACUCUCUGAACAACCCUUCAGACCCCUUCGUCUCCAACGUCAAGAAGAUGAUCAAGUUUGACCUGUUCAACCCACUAUUGCUCCUAGUCGUGUUGUUUCCCUUCAUAGGUCCUAUCUUGGAGAUGAUGAAGUUUUCUUUCUUCCCGACUGCGGUGUUGGACUUCUUUUACGCCUCGCUGGCUAAGAUCAAAUCUGGACGUGACACUGGGAACUCAACUAAUCGGGUGGAUUUCUUACAACUGAUGAUUGACUCUCAGAAAGGCAACGACACAAAGACAGGAGAGGAACAGACUAAAGGACUGACUGAUCAUGAGAUCUUGUCUCAGGCCAUGAUCUUCAUCUUCGGUGGCUACGAGACCAGCAGCAGUACUAUGAGUUUCCUGGCCUAUAACCUGGCAACCAAUCCCCACACCAUGACCAAACUGCAGGAGGAGAUAGAUACUGUGUUCCCCAACAAGGCUCCUAUCCAGUACGAAGCUCUGAUGCAGAUGGACUAUUUGGACUGUGUGUUGAACGAGUCUCUGAGACUGUACCCCGUCGCCCCGCGACUGGAUAGGGUCGCCAAGAAGACGGUGGAGAUCAACGGCAUCGUCAUCCCCAAAGACUGCGUUGUCAUGGUUCCCACGUGGACCCUCCACCGUGACCCAGAGAUCUGGUCCGACCCUGAGGAGUUCAAACCAGAGAGGUUCAGUAAGGAGAACAAGGAGUCUAUUGAUCCGUACACGUACAUGCCGUUUGGGGCGGGGCCCAGGAACUGUAUUGGGAUGCGCUUCGCCCUGAUCAUGAUCAAACUGGCCAUGGUCGAGAUCCUCCAGAGUUUCACUUUCUCCGUCUGCGACGAGACCGAGAUCCCGUUGGAGAUGGACAUCCAGGGUCUGCUGAUGCCAAAACGACCAAUCAAACUGAGGAUGGAGCCCCGUAGCAACACCCCUAGCAACACCACCGCCACCUCUCCAACAACAUGACCGAAUGCAGGAGCACCCUACCCUGGAUUAUCUCUCACUCACACACACACACACACACACACACACACACACACACACACACACACACACACACACACACACACACACACACACACACACACACACACACACACACACAAAAGGGCUAUACUACAGACAGAAAUACUCCUCACCCCGCUAAUGAUCCUGGGCUGGUGUGGUUACAUGUGGUCUGCGGUUGUGAGGCCGGUUGGACGUACUGCAAAAUUCUCUAAAAUAACAUUGGAGGCGGCUUAUGGUAAAGAAAUGAACAUUAAAUUCUCUGGAAAUAGCUCUGGUGUGCAUUCCUGCAGUCAGCAUGCCAAUUGCUGACUGUGGCAUUGCGAUAUGUGUUGUGUGACAAAACUGCACAUUUUAGAGUGGCCUUUUAUUGUACAAGAUGCACCUGUGUAAUGAUCAUGCUGUUUAAUCAGUUUCUUGGUAUGCCACACCUGUCAGGUGGAUGGACUAUCUUGACAAAGGAUGAAAUGCUCACCAACAAGGAUGGAAACAUUUGUGGACAACGUUUUAGGGAAACAGGCUUUUUGUGCGUAUGGAACAUUUCUGGGAUCUUUAAUUUCAGCUCAUGAAACAUUUUUGUUCAACAGCCUCACCAUCUAUCUAUCUAUCGAUCGGCUACUGAAUAUUCAGUCCUUAUCCUGCUAUAGGCUACUGAAUAUUCAGUCCUGACCCUGUUAUAGGUUACUGAAUAUUCAGGCUGGGAUUCAAUAGGCUACUUAAUAUAAUAUGAUAAUUAGACUGCAUUCACAAUGAAUGUUCAGUUCAGUCAGUUCAAUCAUAAAUUAAUUCUGGUCUCAGUUUGAGUAGGACUCAGAAACCCAUUUCCACCAGAUGAAAGAAAGAUAGUAAUACUAUGGAUGCAUUAGGGGUACAUGUCUUGUUAAAGUUAGACACCAGGAGGUAUUACAUCCAUGGCAUGAUGUCAUGUCUGGAUCCUGCACACUACUGGCUGGUGGCUGGAAUUCUCCUAGAAUGUAGAACUCUAGCUGGUGUUCUGUAGAACUCUCAUUCUGUUCCUCUGGGGGUUCUGCUGUCCAGUCAUUCCAAAAUAGAAUCUUUACUGUCUGUUGAGAUGAUCCCUGCAGCUGCUUUGCUUCAACUUUAAUCAUCACAAACCAAUAAAAAUCAUCACACUAA